UCGUAUUGAUAAAUAUCUAUUUUUUCAUGAUACACCAUAACCUAAAUUAUAUGUAUAUAUUACUAGUUGAAGCUAUAAAUACGAAGAAGCUAUAACUAUAAUAUCUAUCAGUGCCACAAAUAAAGUUUUUCCAUAUAUGCAGAUAUAUAAUCCGAUUUCUCCGGUGAAAACCAUGGUGAAGAUCUACCCUCACCUGGCGUUUCCGGUGGAUUCGGGUGUAGUAGAAGUCAAGAAUAUUAUGUACUUAACGAAGGAGCAAGAGAGUUUCACGAUUUGGAUGAAGUCUUUGGUGUUCCAUAGCAAAGGCUGCACGGUGUUUGAUUCCAAAGGAAACUUGAUCUAUCGAGUGGAUAACUAUAACUCCAAGACUUGCGGUAAUGAAGUCUACUUUAUGGAUUUAUGCGGCAAAGUUUUGUUUACUUUACGUCAUAAGAAACUGGGAUUAUUCAAAUCUUGGGAAGGAUAUAACUCAACCGGGACGACAAGAUUUCGACUAAGAAAGAAUUUCAAGAUUUUACCAAGAGAUUCAUCUUCGUCUUACAAAGUUGUAAUGGGAUCGCGCAUAGCUGAUGGUGAUCAACAAUCUUGGUAUAAGAUUGUAAACCGCGGAUCGGUUUUUGCAAUCGAGGAUGGAUCCGGAAGAGUAAUAGCAGAAGUUAAAAAUAAGCAGUCGGAUAUUAGUGGUAUGGAUCUUGGAAAAGAUGUUUUAACAAUGAUGGUGGAGCCACAAGUAGACCACUCUUUAAUAAUGGGUAUUGUUAUAGCUUAUAGUCUUACCAAAUGUAAAUUGUGAUAAUUAUAUGGGUGAGAGUGCAACUGUAAUAUCAGGUGAUACUCUUAUAUAUAAACGUUGGUAUAGUCUUAUAUAUAAAGUUAAA